ACGAAACGAAAAGCUUUAUGUUAAUUAAGAUAUGAUAUUUACUCUAUGCUGUGAAAUAUUAUUGUAUUAUUUCCUAACUAUGUUUUCGUCAAUCAGUUUUCAAAAACGAAUAACAUUAUACUGAAGUUGUCAGCAGCUUUCUAAACAUUAAAAAAAAAAAAAUGUAUAAAAUAAAAUUUAUUAACUUUUUACUUCAAGAGUGACUGAAUGAACUCUAUCAUACUUAAAGUGAUUAUUUAACAUAGAAUAAAGAAGGUGGCUCAUUAAAUAGUGCUUCAUCAGAAACCGACAAAAAGUAUAAAUGGCAUUGAAUGGACACGAUGGUUCAGCUUUCCGCAGACGAUCAGAGUCAGAUCUCGUAAAAAGUGAGAGCCAACCUGCUGUCUCCAGAAGUGUAUCGGCCCCCGAAAUAGUACAGUCUCAACCAUUCCGAACAGCGACACCAUCACCUCAUAUAAUUCAAGCAUUCAAGGAGGAUGCAGCCUGCGAGAAGCCCGCGUUAUGUCUGGCGUACCCCUUCCAGCAUGGCGAGUUAACCUUACCCAAAAACUUGAGGCAAAUUAAGAAGGAUGUUAUCCAGUGCUUUGCCUGCAAGCUCGGAGUUUCAAGUGCCCAGAGCGCAAGAACAGAGAUUCUCUUGGAACUUCUGUGGGAAGGUUUGAGGUUUGCCAGGUCGAUGUCGUUCAGUGAGUAUAAAGAGAUGAUUCUGCUCAAUAUUUUGUAUGCAACACAUGCAUUCUUUCUGGCCUCGGAGUGGAGGACUGCAAAGGAGACCUAUGAUUUCCUGAAAGAGACAUUGCUGCUUCACACCGUGAAGAGGCCGCCCUGGAGCGAGGAGGUGUUCCAGCCACUGGAGAGCCAGUGCGUGCUGAAGUACGUGACCCUGCAGUACAUAAGACACUUGCCGCUGGUGCACAUGGGCUCCCUGCCAGUGCGCGUGGUGCAGCUGAGCUGGACUCCUGUGCCGGGGGCGGUGUCAGGGCAAGCCCUGCCCGCUAAUGGAAACACCGCCACGCGUGCCCACAAAUGAAAAUACGGCACACCAUUAAUGAAUCUCUUUCCCCCAAAAAAUUAUCUCUCAGGAUUGAAAACAAAGUAGGUACUUUAUUUUUUUCAUUUUUGAAAAUACGAAAUAAAAAAAAUUCGCUCAUUAAAACACACAUAAUUUUGUA